AUGGGCGUCCUGCGACAGAAGCUGAUGGACAAAGACGAGGAGACGGGUCAGCUGGAGAGGAAGGUGACAGAGCUGUCUGCUACCACUUCCUCCACCUUGGCGUCCUACACCUUUUUGGAGCAGGCGCUCGCCGCAGAAACCACAAAGCUGCAGCAGUCUUGGCAAGACUUGCAUCAGGCUAACGAGAGGGAAAGUCAGCUGAAAACAUCUCUUGAAGAUUCGGAGCAGCGGGUUUCUGAGCUGAGUCGGGCCCUGGCUGAAAACGAAGACCUGCUGGCUGAGCUGCAGAACCUCUCCCAGUCUCAAAGCGCUCAGAUCCAGCAGCUCCAGGACGUCUGCACACAACUGGGUGGCGUGCGGGAUAUGAACGAGUUUUUGCAGAAUGAGAACGAGUUUGCGAGGGAGCAAGUGGUGGAGAGUGAGAAGAUGCUGAGGAACACCCUGCAGGCGCUCCGAGAAAGGAACAUUGAGUGUGAAGACCUGAAAGCUGAAGUCUCCAAACUUCGGGUUGACAACAAGAGUCUGUGUGAAGAGUUGGAAAUCGCCAGAUCUGCAGCCAGUGCCGCCUGCAUGGAGCUCAAAGAGAAGAUGGGGCAGGCGGUCACUGAAGUAGUAGUGCUGCAUCACACGCUACGGGAAGUGACCAAGGAGCUGCAGGCUUCUCUAUGCAACCAGACAGAAAAUCAACACAAGCACAAAGAGUCUGCUGCGUUUCCCUAUGCAGAGCGCAGGCAUCCGUCCUGCUCCCUGGUGGACAGCGUCAUGGUGGCUUUAACUGGCGAGAAGGAGGAAGACGUCAGAACAGACUCGCCUUACGAUACACCAGAGCCACAAACUGAAGUCUUCUGCAGCGAGACGAGUGCCUUCACCCGCAUCGCGACCCCGAAGAAGAACUCUGAUGCAGUCCAGGAUGAAGAAGAAGAAGAAGAGGAGGAGGAGGUGGAGAGCUCUGUGGCCGAGCUCCUCUCUGGGCUGAACGGCGCCGUCACAGAGCUCAUCAGCACGCUGAAACUGGUGCAGCAGCGCAGAGACGAGAAGCUGCAGGAGCUGAACAACACCAUCUGUGGCCUGCAGGUGGAGCAGCAGACCUUGACCAGCAGACAUCAAGCUGAGGUGCUGGAGCUGAAACAGGAGCUGCAGCAUUUGAGUAGCCUGGCAGAGAGAGGAAAACAGGCCCUGGAGCAGAAAGCACAGGAUGAGAAAACACUAACAAAGCUGAUGGCAGACGUCCAAGAGGCACAGGACAUCCUAAGCAAACACAAGAGUGACAACAAUGACUUGCGAAAGGACGUGACGGAGCUGCGUCGUGCUCUGAAGGAGUCCCGCGUUGAAUCCCAGGUCCUGCGGGAGGAAUUGGGGAAAGCAGGCGUAGCAUCGGCGCACCCGGUCAAUCACAUGGAGGAGAAGAUCGAGCUGCUGAAGAAGGUGGAGAGGCUGAAGGCAAGUCUCCAGGAAGCAGAGCAGGCCAAAGUUAAAAUCCUGGAGAGAGCAAAGAGACACCAAAUCAUCCAUCUGACCAACCAGCAGAAAAUGGACGACGAGCUCCAGAUGUUGAACAGCAUGCUCAAUAAAGUCAGAGAGACUCUUCUCUCGCUGCCAGAAGUGGUGAAGCAUUGCGAGCAUCUGCAGCAGCUGGUGGAAUACAUCGGCUGAUGCUAGUCUGAUCGCCGUUCCGUUUGAAAUAUUUAUGUUUGUUUGGUGUUUUAUACUUGUUUAUUAUCCUAAUAAAAGAAGGAACCUUUUAACAUGUAU